AUGCCGCAGGGCAGAGUCCGGGCUUGGACCGAUGGCUCGUGCUUGCACCCAGGCGACCCAUUGCUCGCCCUCGCCGGGUGGGGGGUGCGGCUCGAUGGCCUCCCUGGCAAAAGCUUUGAAAGCUGCGGGCCCGUUGAUGGGCGGCAAACAGCCCAGCGAGCAGAGGUGUGGGCCGCGGUGCACGCGUGCAGCCUUGCCAGAGCGCCGCUGGAGGUCGUUACCGAGUCGCGGUUCGUCGCGGGAGGGGUGUCCGCGCUGCGCGGCGGCGCCAGCCCGUUGGAGUGGCAGCACGGGGAUCUCUGGGAGGAGAUCGCGCUUCACUGCCGCAGCGGACUGCUGCGGGCCCGAUGGGUGAAGUCCAAGUUGGGCAGAGCUGAGGCCGCCGAGCGAGGCAUCUCAGAGGCGGACUGGGCUGGGAAUGCCGCGGCGGACGAGCUGGCCGACGCCGGCGCGCAGGCGCGGCUCUCCCCCCCCAGGCUGUUUUGCCAGCGGCGCGCGCGGCAGUUUGAAUGCCACAACGAUCGCAGCGCGGCCCAAGGCGGGCGUGGAACCCGACGGCGCUGGACAGCGCCCGGGCACCGCCGCAGGCGGGCGCCGCGGGAGGUGGACAACGCUGCCGCGGCAGUCGCCGUGGCGCCGCCCGUUCGGGCGCAGUCUGUGCAGCUUGGGCGCCCCCGCCUCAGCCGCGCAGCCCCGCGCAGAGGAGGCGCCCGCUGCGGCCGCGGCGCUGUUGGCGGGCAGCGCAUGGCGGCCGGCACCCGGCUGCCCAGGGCCCGGAGGAGGGGAGGCAGCGUCCCGACGAGCUUCCACGCCGUUGGCAGAACGAGAGUGGCUGAGCGGGCGGCUUGGUGA